AUGGAUAAAGGUCUUGGUAAGGCAUGUACAGGAAAACCAAAUGAGUGUGCUGAUUCUGCUGCGCAAUGUACAGGUGGUAAAUGUACAUGUGGUGUCAAUUACUAUGAUUCUAAUGGUUUUACUGAAGGUGGAAACUGUCUUAGUGUGACAAAUCUUCAAGUUACAAAUGUUGACUUUCCGUCAUCUUCAGUAAAAACCAAUGAGAUUACAGUAACAUGGUCAGCACCAGUUAAUUAUAACCAAUACAUAGAUCGAUAUACUGUGGAAUGGAAACGGACUCAUGAUAGCAGUAUUGCUGUUCAGUCAGAAGGUGUUGCUUCACUUGGUACAUCGCUGACACUUACAAGAGGAAUAGAGUCCGGUAGAGCAUACACUGUGACCAUCAUAUCAAUAAAUGACCAAACACAGACAAGUUCUGAAAGAACUACAUCAGUUAAAAAACAACAGGCUGCAAAACCAACUGUAACUAGCGGACUAGACUGGUCAAACAGCGAUCGAGAUGCCACUACUGGUACUAUCAAGGUGGCUUGGGUUGCUGCAGCUGGUUAUAUAAGUCAAUACUAUGUACAGUUGCUAGAUGAAACAACAAUGAUCAACUCAAAAAUAGUUACAUCGCCUAACACACAUGCUGAGUUUCCAAGUUCAGGACUUGAAGAUGGAUAUAGAUACAAUGUUAAGAUAACAGCACGCAGUGAAAGUUACGAUUCUGGAAAACGUGUAUCAGGAGAAACGUUCACUGCAGAAUUCAAAACUACGCCCAAAAUUCCAGAUGCACCACAAAAUGGCGUCUGUAAGGAUCCAACAGACAAAUCUAUCACUUUGAAAUGGUCAAAGCCUGCUGAUACAAAGGGAGACUUAGUGAAGUACCACAUCUAUGUGUACCAGAACUAUAAUACUCUCAAAUUUAUUGUAAGCACAGCAGGAACAGGAACUCAGAAGAUAGUUGGUAAUCUUGAGCCAGGUACUUCAUAUACAUUCCGGAUCUAUACAGAAAAUGAGAUGUACAAUUCAUCCAGUUCUAACAAUGUAACAACCGGCUGUAAAACUAAAGCAAAAAUGUCAGAAGCACCAACAGACCUUGAUAUAACUAAUGUAACAAGUCGUAGUUUUGAUAUUUCCUGGAUGAAACCAGACAAAACCUACAGUGCAGAGAACUAUGGUUAUGUUCUACAGAUUAAGGAUGAUCAGGAUACAUGUGUGACAGAGAUAAUCUAUAGAUGUUCAAACUGUACUGGCGGGUUUCAGAUUUCAAACUUGACUGGUUUGUGCAGUUCUAAAGUUCCAGCAGAAAUAGGCAAGACUAAGCAGGAAUUAGAAGGUCAGUUGACAUAUCCUGCAAGUCUUAAUCCAGAUAUUGUCUACACUGUGACUGUUACAGCUAUCAAUGAUGCAGGAAGAGGAUACCCGGCUAACGAGACAGAAAGAACUCUUGAAGAAGCUCCACAAGUACCAUAUAAUGUGACAAUAAGUGAGAUUGGAACAACUUCACUGAAGGUGGCCUGGAAUAUACAUGGACCAAGGCCUGGAAAGACCAACUUCACAAUAGUACUAAUGGCUGACCACCCAGCAGCAACUAAGGAUUUCACAAUAUCUGGUUUUGAUAUAAGAGAGUACGUAGCUCAGGGCCUAGAAGAGUACUGGAACUACAGUGUAACUGUGAAAGCUGCUACAUCAGUAGAUGCUAAAACAUCUGAGAGAACACAGGAAUAUACAACUAAACCUGCAGCACCUGGAGAAGUUUCAGAUUUUAAGAUAACCGAAGCUCCUGGUGACAACUAUACAGUGAUGAUGAUAAGUUGGGAAGCACCUGCUAUACUAAAGAGGAACAGCAUCAUCAAAAGCUACACUUUUGAACAUUAUGCAACUGGAAUGGUUACAACAACUAAGAAUUUCUCUCAGGAAGAUUUAGAAGCUCACGUUUACACUGUAAUGCUUGAUGUUACACCUGAAGAAAAAUACACCUUAUCAGUAUAUGCUGUAAAUGAAGAUGGUCAGAAAGGUAAAAAUAUUACAAGAGAACAGACAGCACCAGCUGGAGUUCCUAUCAACAUUGAAGACACACUUGGAGUUGAUAUUAUACCAAAAAAUCUUUUGAAAAAUAAGGAACAGAGAAGGUUUACAAUAUCUUUAGUGCCUGAGUUUUUUACCGAACAAACUUACGGCAUACCACAGGGAACAGGUCUGGCAGCUUGUGCCAAGAAUUGUGAUUUUACAGGUAUACAGACACUUCAAGACUUUGACAGCAUGGAUAACUGGAACAAAGCUUCUGUAAAUGGCUUUGAAUUGUGGAGAAUAACUAACAGUACAUUUCUCGAUGUCUUAAAGAAGAAACAAGGAAAUAGCAGGAGGAAGCGUUCAACAACACAACUGGACUACACAGUUGGUAGCGAUGAUUGCUCUCAAGUUCAACAAGGGGAGUACUGCAAUGGACCAUUGCAACCAGGCACUAGUUAUACAAUUGUAGCUGUUUCAUGCACCAGUGGAGGAUGUCUUGUAAGCAAGGAGUAUGGACCAUUUGUCACUCUUGCAGUGCCAGACGAGGAAGAUAAUCUGCCUAUGAUAAUUGGUAUAGUGGUUGCUGUGGUUGUGGUGGUUGUUAUCGGUGCAGUGGUUGGUUUUGUACUGCUUAAGAAGAAGAGAAGUGGACCAGGCAAAAUGAAACCUGCAUCCGAGAGUGAUGAUGAUGAGUUCACAACAAUUGACCCUGCAGUUGCUAAAAUUCCGAGAAAAAGACCUAUCGUGUUGGAGGAGAUAGAAGAGUAUGUAAACAAGAUGCACAGAGACAGCAACCUGCUUUUCUCGGCCGAAUAUGAGGACUUGAAAACACUGAGUCCUAAGCAUGCAUGUGAGGCAGCUGACAGGGAGGAGAACAGGAUGAGAAACAGAUACAUCAAUAUCAUACCGUUUGACCAUACAAGAGUAAAGUUAAGUACAAAUGGAGAGGACGACAGUUCUGACUACAUCAAUGCCAACUAUCUUCCUGGGUACAGUUCACCUCGGGAAUAUAUUGGUUGCCAAGGCCCUAUCCCAGGAACGAUUGAUGAUUUCUGGAGAAUGACAUGGGAACAGAAUGUGUCUGUGGUUGUCAUGUUAACACUGUGCAAGGAGGGACAGAAGAUAAAGUGUGAGCAGUACUGGCCGGAUGAAGUGGGAGAGCCAAAGCAAUAUGGAGAUGUCAUUGUCGAGAUAACAUCGUACUCCAACAUCCGUACAUAUGACUACAGAAUGUUCAAGAUCACAAAUGGCAGUACAACCCGUGUGGUGAAGCAUUUCCAUUUCCUGAGCUGGCUAGAUUUCCAGGCCAAUGUUCACCAUGACAUUAUUCUAGAUUUCAUCGAGCAUGUGAGACAACAUGUCCAGCCUCCUGACACCUCUGGACCUAUGAUAAUACAUUGCAGUGCUGGUGUUGGUCGUACAGGAACGUACAUCGCGUUGGAUCACCUGAUGCAGUUCAUUAACGAACAUGACUUUGCUGUCGAAAUCGACAUAUUUGAUUUGGUUCUCAAACUGAGGGAGAACAGACAACACAUGGUGCAAACAGAGCAACAGUAUGUGUUUAUCCAUGAUUGUGUUAAGGAGAUUAUGGACAGAAAGAGAAGGCAGAUAGAAAAUCCAGUUGAAUUCAGUAUUGUGCUCAACACUGUUGCAUUACUUAUUUAUUUCACACCAUAA